UAAUGUCAAAAUUGUCAAUAAGUCAGAAGUCAGUACUGUACUCAAGAGCCAAGUUGGGCAAGUUGGAUUUCCUUUCCGAGAGCAUAAAAUUUUGGCUAUAAAUACAAUCAGUACGUACACUCCUACAUUUCUAGUCAACGACUGAGUAUAACUUGCCGACAUGAUAUGAUCGAGAAUUAAUUCGGAAGACACUUGAGACAGCAGACAUGAUUAACCUCAAAAAUAUACAAAAUUCUGAAAAAGCGGUAGCUUUAUAGAACAUUAUAAAAAUAUUGGAGUUCAGUGCGACUCAAAACCAUUUAUUAUCCAGAGUUAAAUUAAAAGAAUCCUGCAAAAUCAGUUUUGCUACAAGUAAGUAAACAUAGAGACACGAACAUAAAUUAUAAGAUAAACAUAAACAUAACAGUCUCACGACAUAAUACGCAGAAUUGACUUUUAGAAAUAGUAAUAAAUAAAUAAGCAAUUAUGGAGGUGGAAAAAGAUUUAACCAGUAAAUUCUUGAGUGGCGAAAUGUCUUUCGCCGAGUACUCGAACGAAUGGUACAACAUCGAAGAUGAGGAGGACAUAGAUGAAAUAAAUAAGAAAAACGAUGGCGAACCUUUCAUAUUAACUGAAAAAGGUAGUAGACGCCGUAAAUUUGCUCGACUGCCGCCUGGCCUGUUAGGUUUGAUGGGUGAAGCAAACUUGCGUUUUGUCAGAGGAGAUAGAGACACAGCGGAAAAAAUGUGUCACGAAAUUAUAAAGCAGUUUCCGACUGCUCCAGAGCCUUAUCAAACUCUAGCUCAACUGUAUGAACAUGACAGUGAGAAAUCACUACAGUUUUCAUUGCUUGCGGCUCAUCUGAGCCCUCCUGAUGCCAAUGAAUGGUUGAGGCUUGCUGCCAUAUCGAAAGAAAGAAAUGAUGUUAAACAAGAAAUGAUUUGUUACACACAAGCUAUAGCAGAUGAUCCACAUACCUUUGAAAAUCACAUGAAACGACUUGACCUCCUUGAUAAAUUAGAGGCUCUAGAAUAUCCAAUACAGACCUUAAAGAUCACAAAACUUAAAUGCUAUCACAAGAUAGUUACUUCUUUACCUCCACAAGAAGGGGAGACUAUAAUGAAAUAUGCUAAAAUGGCAGUAACUCAGUACCAUAAUAACAAUGAAAUGGAGAGGGCACUUGCAGUAAUGACUUCAGCUUAUAAAAAGUGCUCAUCUCUGUUCACUUUAGAAGAUCUCAAUAUAUUUUUAGAAUUAUUAAUUGGGCAGAAACAGUUCCAGACAUGUAUUGAAAUAUUUGUUGAAAAUGCUGGUGUUGAAAUUGAAGCUGAAAUAGUAACUGUUAAAAAUUCUGAAGGUAGAAUAGAAGAACAGACAAACUAUUUAAAAUGCACAAUUCCUAAUUCUUUGCCAAUAGAUUUAAAAAGUAAACUUUUAGUGUGUUUUAUAUAUCUUGGUGCUAUUAAUUUGGUACAAAUAUUGUUAAAAGAUUUCUUGGAAAAUAAUGUGGAAAAGGCUGGUGAUUUGUACAUGGAUAUAGAAGAGGCUCUUUCUUCCAUGGGUCAUCAUGAAUUGGCCAUACAACUUUUAGAACCACUAGUCCAAAAUAUUAGCUUUGAUCUUGGAGCAGUGUGGCUUAAACAUGCAGAAUGUUUGUAUAAGCUAGGAAGAGAUGAUGAGGCUGUCAGUUCAUACUAUAAAGUGUUAAAACAUGCCCCACAGCAUCCUGAUGCAAGGAGAAAGCUAUUUACCAUACUGGAGAAACAAGGACAAAUUGAUGAAGCUUUAAACAUUUUGGAACAAGAUUUCAAAUAUGUGGUUAGUGCAAAUCUUCUUUACGAACAAUGUAUGGCUCUAAAAAAAUACCAAAAAUGGCUUAAAUAUCUAGAAACUGGUGAAAAUGCAUCCUUUUAUCCGAUUCUUCGACUGCUAUUGCCAGAAGACGACAGAGAAAGAAAUGCGUAUAAUUUAGCGGAAAGUAAAUUAGGUGUUUUACUCGUUAAAGUAUUGUCGCUAUGUAAAAAUUCAAGAGAUGCCCAGAAAUUACUGAAUCAUAGAUCAGUUAGUACGUCGCAAGAUAAUGACUUUGCUGGUGUCGCUAGUUUGGUUUUGAAAAGCAGACUGACUUCAGUAGCAAGCAACUUCACGGUUGGAGAUAUCAAUAGUAUCUUAGACAAAAUCGCCAAUGCCGAGGUGGGAAAGAAAGCGUCUGUCUAUGAUGAUAUUUUUAGUCACGUUAUAAAGGAAACGAAUAGUAUUCAAUUGAAAUGGUUUCUGAGGCUAAUCCUCAAAGACUUGAAAAUUGGUAUGGGGCGCAAUCGCAUACUGGCCUUGUUUCAUCCCGACGCUCCGGAACAUUAUGAAAAAUUUUCUCUGUUAUCAAAGUUAUGUGAAGAAAUUGAUGACGAUGAAGCUCGUUCAAAAAGUCUCGGUAUACAGAUGUAUUUAGCCGUGAACCCAAUGCUUUCCGAACGGCUUAAUGUAAGAGAUGUUGCUAAACAACUCUCUGCGAACAAAACAUACCAGAUUGAAGAUAAGUUUGACGGUGAAAGGUUUCAGAUUCACAUGGAGAAUGGAAGAUUCGAAUAUUUCUCUAGAAGAGGGUUUUGCUUUACUAGUACUUAUGGAAGCACUUAUGACUCGGGCCUACUCACUCCUUUCCUGAAGGAUUGCUUUAAGUCAAAUGUCAGUAGCUUUAUUUUAGACGGUGAGAUGAUGGGCUGGCAUAAGAAAAAUCAGUGUUUCGGGUCCAAAGGAAUGUCUUUUGAUGUAAAAAAGAUAACAGACAAUUCAAAAUUUCGCCCUUGUUUCUGCGCAUUUGAUAUUCUAUAUUACAACGGCAAAUCUCUGGUAGGAUCACCGGAGAAAGGUGGGCUUCCUCUUAACGAGAGGCUUCGUAUAUUGGAUGACCUAUUUGUAAAUGUGACUGGUGUGAUACAACAUAGCAAGAGGCAAAUAGUCAGACAUGGGCAGUUAUUAACCGACAUACUGGAUGCCUUAAACAAGGCUAUAGAGAAUCAAGACGAAGGUAUCGUGGUCAAGGAUAUAGAAUCUUACUACUUUCCUAAUCGUCGCAACAUGGGGUGGUACAAAGUCAAACCAGAGUACACUGAAGGCACGAUGACGGAUUUGGACCUCGUCAUCAUCGGGGCAGAUGAAGCUGAGAACAAGAGACAAGGGCGCGCCAAGAGUUUCCUGGUUGCAUGCGCUGAUGGCGGGGAACCUGGUCAAAUGCCAGAACGAUGGGUGUCCGUCGGUCGCGUAUCAAUUGGCCUUUCAUUCGACGAACGCGAGCGCAUAUGUACUGCUCUAGAACGAAGCUGGACCCCUUACAAACAGAAACCCGCACCUCCGCACCUCGUCUUUAAUAAAGAGAAGCCAGAUUUCUGGGUUUUGCCUGAAGAUUCCAUCGUUUUAACGGUUCGUGCAUCAGAGUUAAUUCGUAGUGUAGGCUUCGGCACUGACUACACACUUCGGUUCCCGCGCGUCGAGCAAGUGCGAGAGGACAAACCUAUUCAAGACAUUAUGAAAUUAAAUGAGUUCAAUGAACUUAGUGCCAACAAAGGGGCUGUCGUAAAGUUAAGUACGAAUCAAAUAAACGGAGAUCUAAUUGGGGAAGUAAAGCCACGAGCUAAGCGUAAGGCGCAGGCUCCACAAGUUCCGGAACAGUUCCUGGUUACAUCGCAUGGAGACGUCGAAGUUACCUCCAAGGCUUUAAUGGGAAGAAAAAUAUGUAUACUGUCUGAAGAUGAGGACUGCAAGAGGCCGGAGUUAGGCAGGAUAGUGGAGUCGCAUGGAGGGAAGGUGGUGGCUAAUAGAGGUCCAGACACGUGGUGUUGCAUCGCUGGUCGAAUGACGAAGCACGUGCGGGCUAUAGUUGAGUCCGGAACCACUGACGUCAUCAGUACAGCUUGGCUCCGAUCUCUACCGGCCAGUGACACCUUAGUUUCACACUCUCCAAUGGAUAUGUUGGCUCUCAAGCCUAAAACCAGACUGGAGUUAGCCAAGGACUACGAUGCUUUCGGUGAUAAGUAUAAAGAAAUGAUAGAUGAAAAUACAUUGAGAAGGUGUUUCGAGAAAAUGGAAAAAGAUAUACAAGUUCGACUCACGAGAAAAGAAAUGCUUGCCUUAGACAAGGAGCUCUUUGGUAAAAACAACCCGCAUUCAUUCUUACGGCCGUGCUCCAUACAUAUGAUAGACCAGAACAGCUUAAGUGCGAUAUUAGCAAAGAUGUAUGGAGCUGCUGUAUACGACCUCCCAUUCGUUUUCUGUACUCAUAUCGUAGUACCUAAUACGACGGAUAAAGAAAUAAUUGAAGAUCUGAAAAUGAAAUAUGAGUUGAAAGAUAGUGUUUUAAUAGUCAGUGAAGAUUGGCUUGAGGCCUGCUUUACACGGAUGGAGCUUGUUUUAGAAACUCCAUUCUUGGUACAAACGUCAUGAUAUUACAUAGGAAAGGUGUAUAUACAUAUAUAUUUACCUUUAUUUUAAGUUAUGUCUUUUUUAUGCUUUUCAAAGACAAGUUCUUAAUUGCGAUGUGCUAUUUUACAAAUUAAUAGUAUUUUUACCGUUUCUUUUGAAUAUUGUACGACGUAGGUAUAUAAUUUUCUAUAUAUUUUUGAUUUCCAUCUUCGAACAGUACUUGUAAUUUAGAUGAGAUAUAAGUAAUGUACUGGAUUAUUUCCACAAA